AUGGAACAAAGAUUUACUAUUCCCGAAGGCUAUCAAUAUAAAAGGCCCCUAGGCCGCGGACAUCUUGGUUCUUCCUAUGUACUUCAAAACAACAAAGGAUCUUAUGUCUAUUGCAAGGAAAUAUUAAAAGAAAGUAUUGGAAACAAAGAGCAGGUCCAAAAAUUCAAAGAAAGGAUCGAGCGCAUCAGAAGUUUAAAUCAGAAAUAUAUCCUUCCUUACUUUGCAGUCCUAGAAUACGAUAAUAAGCUUUUAUUAUUAAGAAAGUACCUUAAUCCUGGCAAUAUAAUCGAAGAAGCUCCGAAAAUCAAGGCUCUCGGACCCAACAAAAUUUUUGCAAUGUGGUGUGCUCUUGCUAGAACCUAUCAUUUAUUACAUCAAAACCAUUUGGCUCCAAAUCUUAUUCGCGCAACCAAUUUAUUUUUCUACAAUGGCUCUAACAUCAUUAUUACAGAUUUAUAUCUUGCAACAAAUGAUGUGAACGUCAUGGUCCACAAUCCAUCUCCUUUAGAUUAUUCUUUCCUUGCACCAGAAUUUAUAGCUCCGGAAUACGAGCCUGACUAUAAGGCUGAUAACUGGUCGCUCGGAAUUAUUCUAGCUUAUUUUCUUACGGGUGAAAUCCCCUUUAAUACCAAAAAUGUUUUUACGACCCUUCAACAAAUCAACACGGGAACCUUACAGUACGCUGGUGAGGUCUCCCCAGAGUACGAUACCAUCAUAAAGAGGCUUGUAAAAGUUAAUCCGACAGAAAGAGCAGAAUUAAGCGAUUUUAUUAAAAUGAAUGAUACGCUCAAGACAAGGGGCUCCAAGAGAUCACUCCCGCGAAACAUUUUAUCUCCUUCGCCCGUUCAAUAUUCAGAAUUACAGUUAAAUCUACCAAAGAGCAAGCCCCUGGAAUCAAUUAAAAAUUCGCGAUCUCCACCUGCAAAUUAUCUUUCCCUCGCUUCAUAUAUGGUUAUUGGUGGUCAAUCGACAGAUCAAGUUCUCCGUACUUACGAUGCUGCAGAUAUACCUAAUUACAGGUGUCGGCAGGCUGUUCCUCAGCUAAGGACAAGCCAACUGCCACCUAGAAAAUCAUCGCAGUUCAUUAAUGAUCUUUAA